AUGCCAGCUGAAAUCGUCCUGGUGUACAAUUUCUUCCCGUCGCACGCCUGGUUGAGGGCAAUGAUCACAGCGACCACACAGGCUCUCCUGCAAGCAACGAGACGGCGACAUGCAACGGAGGUCAACAUCGUCGAGAGAUGCUGGGAAGUCCUGCCCACCGGCUCCAAACCCAAGGCAGGCCUCGUCCUCAUCCACGGCGGCAAUUGGCACAGCGGCUGGUUCGGGGAGCUUGGCGACCUGCUGUCUUCCGCAGAGUACUCGAUUCGCGUGUCGGCUCCUGAUCUUAUCUCGCAUGGACUCUCUGAUGACGCUAUUCCCGGAUACAGAGCCUACUGUCCGGACUUCGCGAGCCAGGCCGAAGAAGUCGGGGCGGCCAUCGCCCGCGCGCGUACCGCCCUCCCGAAAGGCUGCCCCCUGUUUGUCCUAGGAGAGUCCAUGGGCGGCCUCUCCGCUCUUCAGCACCUGAUUUCGGAGCGGGCCAACGACGGCACCACCGACAACGUUGAUGGCGUAAUUCUUUGCGGGGCCCUUCUCCAGGUCGCGCCAGCGGUGCUGCCUCCGAAGGCGGCUUUCCCCCUGCUCAAGGCCGUGGGGUGGCUCAUGCCUACCCUGGGCGUGCCAGGCGCGGCUGUCGGCGGAGAGACGUUUGACACGGCCUUCGGAGACCCAGCCGUCGGCCCGGUAGCUCGAGCGGACCCCUUGGUGACCGAGAUGGCACCGCUGAGAUUCGGGUACAUGCUCGGAUUCCUGAAAGGCAUGGACGUGGUGCAGCGGGAAGGGCCGGCCAAACUCAAGGUGAAAAGCGUACUGAUGAUGCACUACAAGGGGGACCAGCGCACCCUGUACGAGGACUGCCAGCGUUUCGUGGAUGAUCUGCCCAUGGAAGACAAGGUGUGCAUCCCGCUUGAGGGCGACAGCCACCAGAUCUUCCAAGAUACACCGGAGAAGAGCAAGAAGUACAUCGAGACCGUGGGUCGCUUCAUCACCGAGCGAGCCGGCUGA